AUGGGAGAUCUAGAAUUUGCAAAAGUUCACAACUCAGUUAUCUUUCUUGAAAACUCUCCAGCAGCUCACAAUGAUCUAAAAUUCAUUGUUGAAGGUCUGAAGAAAUGUUGUUUGGUACAUGCAUUGAUAACAAGCCCGACAAUUUAUCAAAACUUGAUCAAAAAUUUCUGGAGGAGUGCGGUCGUGAAGAAAGAUGACAAAGAUGAAAAGUACCUUGAAGCCAUAAUACAAGGAAAGAAGAUUCAUGUUUCAGAAAGGAUUAUUCAAGAAUCACUACAAAUUGAUGACAAACCAGAAUAUUCAAUGGAGAUUGAUGUGCAUCAAACUCAAUAUGUUCUAGACCACAUGGGGUAUGAGGGAACAUAUCCUCCCACCAUCAAGAAACUGCUUCCUCCAGGGAUUCAAGUUAUCUACCCACAAGGGAAUGGGACCUGGAAAAGCUGGUCGAGGGUUGUUGUUCGGGGCUUGACCUACUGGAGGUAG